AUGUCGUCCACUGAGGAAACCUUGUCUGCAGACGGCGUUGCGCCCGGGGCCCAGGAACCGUCAUCGACCCCAGAAAUGUGUGCCGUCAAGGAGGCUGUGCCAGCGGCACCAUCACCGCAACGGGCAACACCGGCUGCAAUUGGCAGAGCCAGCACUGAGCACAGAGUCUCAGUCUCAGUCUCGGCGGCUGUUCAUCAUCGGCAGCCGCCGGUGAAGCUGGUCAAGCAGAAGGGCGGGCAGUGGGCGCUCGCCAGAGACGGGAGGCUGAUCAACAACCUCUCGCGGGCGGUUGGCUUCAUGGAGCUCGCCAACGCGGGCGACUUUGCCGCCAACGUGUGGAACGACAUCCCCGUGCCCAUCUACGCCAUUGUCUUCAUGGCCAUUGGGGGCACAGUGGCGGGCUUCCUGUCCAUCUUCGCCUUCAGGGACGCCAAGCGCGCGUGUUGCAACGUGCGGUAUUUGAGGGCGCAGAGACGGCUGUUGCUGGAGGAGAAGAGGCAGCUCAAGGCGGGAUGCGAAUCGACACUGGAGAUGGACGUCCUCUUGGCCAUCAACUUUCGCGAACUUGGCACCGAGCUAGUGACGCGAUGGAUCAUGGACCUCCUCAUGGGCUUUGGCGCCAUCUUGAUAUGCGUCGGCACCUACAUGGCCAUUGGAGGCGCGAACCCUUCCGUCUUCCUUGCGUCCAACCUGCUCUCUGGCUACGUUGGCAACACGCCCAUUGCCCUCUUUGGCCUCUGCAACUCGUCGUGGGCGGCCUUCAUCUUCACCAAAGCCCAGCGCCACAUCAGCGCGUCGCGGAAUCUCCUCGGCUCGUGCGCCGCAACGGCCCUCGUCAAACGAAGAGCGCGCAAGGUCCAAGUGUUUUCCGUCAUCAACGGCACGGCCACAAUUCUUGGCGGAGUGGGCUCCAUGAUCACUGCAACUCGAUGGUGGGGAUAUGUCAUCCUUAUUCCCGUCAUCAUAUCCUCCGUUUUCUGCAACAUUUGGUGGCGAAGAAUGAUUGGAUACACGCGAUCCGAGGGCCAUCCAGCCAUGGCCCGGGACGAACUCAUCUACGCACUCGAGUUCGCGGCCGCGUCGGAGGUCAAGAGCCUCGAGGACCCCGAAGCUCCUCCGGCGUGGUGCUCCGAGUUGCCAAGCUCACUCGGGGAAAUGCUUCAAUUCUUGAUUCGUCACUCACUCAUUCACCAAUACUGCGCCGACAUGAUUGCAGAUCCACGAGUGUGUCAGGCACUGGGCGGGAACGCGACUGACCAGACCGAACUCUCCAUCAGUCCCGAGAGCCUCCUGGCUCUUCCGGCCGACCUCCAACAAAUUCUCCUAGACAAUGCCAACAGGAUGGCCCGCGAAGUCGGCCCCGAUCACUUCAAAAACAGAGAGAGAUAUCUCGCAGAAAUUCUCGGCACAUACUGCACCCUGGCACUCCGCCAUGGUAUAAUCGACGACUCCGACAGCGCUGAGCGCCGGGAGAAAAACACGGAAAAGAUCUAG